UUUGGCCGUUGGGGAGUUUCAUUGCUUUCGCUCACUGAGAAGUGAGAAGGAUCCGUCCGAGAAGAAAAGAGAAAGCAGAGGUGGAUUUGGUUUUCCCGCGAUUUCCAGUCGGGAAAAGAUGAUGUCGAGUGGCUAUACCAGUCUCGACAACCACAAAGUUUCUGGAUCCGUCCCUGCGGUUCCAGAUCCUACUCCUGUGACCGUCAAAUUCGCAGAGUCGAAUCUUCAGACGUUUCCACCUACCGAAACACAAGGGAAGAUUUCCGGUGGCUUUCGGCCCCCGCGUGAUGCUGAUGAUACAUUCUCAAAGCCAGUUUCUGGUAGUAGCUCUGAUGAAUCUCAGCCAAGUGGUUGGCUUCGAAUCUUCUCGGUAGCUGCUUACAAGCCAUACUUUGAUGUAGACACUUCAGAUGUAUUAGAGAGGGUUAAGGAGUCACUCUUUCCAUUUAAAGGAAAUUUUUCUGAAAAGAUUGCUAGCAACCCAGACCUGUAUGGACCAUUUUGGAUAUGUACUACAUUAAUAUUUGUAGCAGCAUCAAUUGCAACAUUUGUCACAUACCUAGCACGCAAACUGCAAAACAAAGAGUGGGACUAUGACAUCCAACUUAUUACAUGGUCAGCUGGUUUGUUUUAUGGUUAUGUCACCAUUGUUCCACUUGCCGUGUAUUUCAUCCUAAAAUACUUCUCAGCACCAUUCGGCUUUGUGCACCUACUUUGCCUAUAUGGGUACUCCCUCUUUGUCUUCAUUCCUGCCUCGUGUCUAUCCGUGAUACCUCUGGAAGUGUUUAGGUGGGCGGUUGCAGGUGUUGCAGGGUUCAUGUCAGCAGCCUUUGUUUCCCUCAAUCUCAGAGCUCACAUUAUGUCUUCAGGUGAAAGAUGGAUUUUAAUUGUGGCGGGCAUCUUCCUAUUGCAGCUGGCCCUGGCCGUCAUGCUUAAACUCUAUUUGUUCACUGUUACAGUAUAAACAUACAGCGAAGUUAAUGGGACAUAGAUCAUAGGUAUCAGAUUUUUUUGAGCAAUGGCUAUAUGUAGUUCCACUUUUUAAUCAUAUAUGCUUUUCAUUGGUGGAACUUAUGAAUUGUAUUCUUGCAUUUUGGAAAAUAUAAAUGCAAUGACCGAAUUCCUCGA